AUGUCGUCCAAUAUGACUGAAACUGACCAAAACAUCCAGAUCUGGAAGGUCAAAAAGCUCAUUAAGAGCUUGGAGAGCGCCCGUGGUGCUGGCACUUCCAUGAUUAGUCUGAUUCUCCCACCCAAGUCACAGCUUUCGCAGGCUAGCAACAUGCUUACGCAGGAAUAUGGUACGGCGAGCAACAUCAAGUCUCGUGUGAACCGUCUUUCAGUGCUGGCUGCCAUUACUUCGACACAGCAGCGUUUGAAGCUGUACUCGCGUGUGCCUGACAAUGGCCUUGUUGUCUACUGUGGUACGAUUUUGACGCCAGAGGGCAAGGAAAAAAAGGUCAACUUCUCGUUCGAGCCGUUUAAGCCGAUUAAUACGUCGUUGUACUUGUGUGACAACAAGUUCCAUACUGAAGCACUUUCGGAAUUGCUAGAGUCCGAUGCUCGCUUCGGUUUCAUUAUUAUGGAUGGUAAUGGCACACUCUUUGGUACUGUGUCUGGUAACACGCGUACGGUGCUGCACAAGUUUUCUGUCGACCUCCCGAAGAAGCACGGACGUGGUGGUCAGUCCGCGUUGCGUUUCUCGCGUCUGCGUGAUGAGGCUCGUCAUAACUAUGUGCGUAAAGUCGCUGAGUACGCUACCCAGCACUUUAUCACCGACAACAAGUGUAAUGUGACUGGUCUUGUGUUGGCUGGUUCUGCCGAUUUCAAGAAUGAGCUGAGUCAGUCAGACAUGUUCGACUUCCGAUUGCAGCCCAAGAUUAUCCAAAUUGUCGAUGUGUCGUAUGGUGGUGAGAACGGUUUUAACCAGGCCAUUGAGUUGGCGGCUGAUAGCUUGGCUAACGUCAAGUUUGUGCAAGAGAAGAAGCUUAUCCAAAAGUACUUUGACGAAAUCUCUACCGAGACCGGUAAGUACUGCUUUGGUCUGGACGAUACAUUCCGAGCCCUCGAGAUGGGCGCUGUGGAGACUCUCAUUGUCUGGGAGAACCUGGAGCAUAUGCGUCAUGUGCUGAAGGAUUCGGAGGGCAAGGAGCACGUCCUCAUGCUUUCAAAAGAGCAGGAGCAGGAUCGGUCUCGUUUCAUGGACCCUGCCACAGGCUCUGAGAUGGAAGAGGUGGGCGAGCCGCAACCGUUGCUCGAAUGGAUCGCAGAGAACUACAAGCAAUUCGGUACUACUCUUGAAUUUGUCACCGAUCGUUCCCAAGAAGGUAUGCAGUUCUGCAAGGGCUUUGGUGGUAUCGGUGGUAUUCUCCGCUACAAGGUGCCCUUUGAAGACCUUGCCAUGUACGAUGAGGAUGAGAGCGAGUUCAUGAGCGAUGAUGAUGAUGACUAUUAG